AUGGCUCCCGCUGCAUCAUCCGCUGCCAAGAAAGGGUCAUCUCUAAAGCUGUUGACAACGAAGUUGAAGGACGUCCAAUCAUCAUUCAACGAUAUCUGGCAGUUCGUAGAGAACUUCACGGAAGAGGCUACAAUCACCGAAGCGGAGAUACGCCUGCAGAAACUCGACGAGCUGUGGGAAAGAUUUGGUGACAUUCUAGUUGAAAUCAAAUCUCACGAUGACUAUCCUGCCGAUGGUGACGGUUAUGAAAAGGAACGAAAGGAGUUCAGCGACUACUACUAUAGGGCCAAAUCGUUUCUCUUGGAUCGGGUGAAAGAGCGACAGGAGCAUUCGAGUUUGGAACAGUCCAUCCGUGUCGGGGACACGACGAUACAGGGUACGUUGGAUCACGUGCGGCUCCCGCAGAUAAAGCUACAGUCGUUCAACGGGGACAUCGACGAGUGGCUGAGUUUCCGGGACCUUUUUACAUCCUUAAUCCAUUGGAAGUCUGACUUACCGGAAGUGGAAAAGUUCCACUACCUCAAAAGGUGUCUGCAGGGCGAACCAAAGAGCCUAAUUGACCCUUUGCAGAUCACAAAAGCAAAUUAUCUAAUUGCCUGGGAUAUGCUGUUGAAACGGUACAACAACAGCAAGCUGCUGAAAAAACGACAGGUGGAGUCGCUGUUCAAGUUGCCCAGCCUUUCGAAGGAGUCCGCUUCAGAACUACACAUUCUGUUGGAAGGUUUUGAGAGAGUCAUCCAAACGCUUGAUCAAACUGUGCAGCCUGGAGAUUAUAAGAACCUCCUGCUCAUCAAUCUUCUCACCGUGCGGCUGGAUCCAGUAACCCGUAGAGGGUGGGAAGAAUGUUCGGCUAGCAAGGAGACGGAUACACUGAAGGAUCUGACAGAGUUUCUUCAUCGUCGAGUUCAGGUACUGGAGUCGUUACCACCAAGGUCGAUGGAUAACAGGGGCAUCCAUCAGUCACAAGCGCCUUCGAAACAGAAGCCGCCUAAUGUGAAAACCAACUACAGCACAGCACAAUCGUCUGGGGGACGCUGUGUGGCAUGUGCGGCAAACCAUCUGCUGUAUCAGUGCGGUUCAUUUCAGCGGAUGUUGGUGGCGGAACGUGACGCAUUACUUCGGACUCAUUCACUCUGCCGAAACUGCUUCCGACAGGGUCACCAAGCAAGGGAUUGUCAGUCCAAAUUCUCGUGCCGCAAUUGCAAGGGUCGGCAUCAUACCAUGGUCUGCUUCAAACGCGAGAAAGAUAGCAACGGCAAGGGAUCAAUCGUUGCAAAUGAUGGUAACUCCACUGCUGCGAAGGAACCUCAAUCUUCUUCCACACAAGGGUCUAACCUUGCAGCUACCGACAUGUCAGCAUCCAAUCCAGCUCAGCAAUUUUCGUCACAGGUGCUGUUGGCUACUGCGGUAAUCAUUGUCGAGGAUGAUGAUGGUAUACAUAUUCCAGCUCGUGCUCUGUUGGACUCGGGAUCAGAGAGUAAUUUUAUUACGGAGCGGUUGAGUCAACGAUUGAAAAUUAAACGGCAGAGAGUAGAUAUUUCGGUGCUCGGAAUCGGCCAGGCCGGCACUAAGGUCAAGCAGCCGAUUUUAACAACGAUUCGGUCACGAGUUUCCGAUUUUUCAUGA